AUGGUGGAAGCGAUAAGUGUUCUCAAUCUAAAUCCAAUGCAUCUUGACAUGUCACAACUACAAAUGGAUGCACAGUAAGUUAAAAACAAUGUUUGUUUUGCUUAUCUUCAGUAUUAGAUAAGAUAAUGUGACCUAAAAACUGAAAAAAUAAAAUAAAAUAGAAAAAAAUCUACUGUAGAUUUGUGGGGUCUUGUAGCGAUGAGCUGUGAAAUUGCAGUAUAUUUUUUUAGUUAGUUUUUUUUUAACCUGAAAUUGAAAUUCAAAAAAAAUAAAAUAGAAAAAAACUACUGUAGAUGUGGGGUCUCGUAGCCAUGAGCUUUUUUUUCAAUUUUUUAAAGUUACCCUGAAAUUAAAAUUUAAAAAAAAAUAAAAUUAAAAAAAAUGUACUGUAGCUGUGUGUGGUCUUGUAGCGAUGAGAUAUUCUUUAAAAAUUUUCUAGUUAACCUGAAAUUGAAAUUUAAAAAAAACUACUGUAGCGAAGAGCUCUUGGACUACUGUAAAUAUUUUUAGAUUACUGUAGUUAUAGCUCAAAAUUCAUGAAAUGUUUACCAAAUUUUUUCAAGAGCAUUUUUGAGCUGAAAAUCCACGUUUUACAAAAAAAAUGGAAUUUCUGAACUCUGUUUUUUCUUUGAAAAUCAAAAUUUCCGAAUUUGAAUUUUUUUUGGCUGAAUCUUCAGGGUUACUGUAGCUUUGAAGUUACCAUAAUUUUUCUCGCUAAUCUGAAAAGUUAGGGUAACUUUCUAGGUUUCAAAAAAAAGUUGGGCCAAAAUUUUUGGAAAACUUCCAAAAAUUUUGGCCCAACUUUUUUUCAGAACCUCAAAAUUUGACUGAAUUUUCAGGGUUACUGUAGCUCGUGAGCUUUGAAGUUACCCUAACUUUCUAGGUUUCAAAAAAAAAAUUCCAAAAUUUUUAGAAAUGAUCCUAAAAUUUUCGAAUUUUUUUUCUGGAACAAGGGGAUUCAAAUCGAAAAAAAAACAAUUUUUUUCAUUUUUGUGUGGAAAAAAUGUCGAAAAAUAAGAAAAAAAAAUAGUUUUUUCAAAAAAAUAAAUUUCUGAUCUUCAGAACCUCAAGCCGAAGCAACACCUCAGUCUCCUCCUUAUCAAUCUCCGAAUCAUCCGAAAUAAUCUCGCCGCGAGCCGAAGAAAUCCUCCGAAUGCAGGCCGAACUUCGCGCAACUCGCAAUCAAUUAGCCGAAAAGGACAAGAAGAUGACUGAGAUUCAAGUGACAGUCGAUGCCGAAGUUCAAGAACUCACUGAGAAACUCUUUCAGGAAGCCUAUAAAAUGGUGAAUUCGGCUGAAGCGAGAAGGGAAAAAUCGGAGAAACUUUUGAAUGAGAGUCGGAUGGAGGUAGAUCUACUGAGAGCUGAAGUUCUGGCGUUGAAGGAGGUUGUCAAAAAUUCUGGAUCGAAUUAUUAUAAAUCAACAUCUCCAGAAUCAGCGCUCUCCAAGAUGUUCUCCUCGAAGAAUUCUUCGAAAUCAAGAUCUCUACCCUCAACUUCAGUAUCUCAAUCGCAAAAUCAAAAUCUAGCUCAAAAAGAAGCAGAUUCAGUGGAAGAAAUCGAUCCAAUUCUAUUCAAAGAAUUCGAAGCCUGGAAACAAAGCGGGCAUCCGAUGCAGAAACAUCCAUUCAUCGAUCGAGUUAUGGUCGAAGAAAUCGAGCCGUGUAUGCUUUUCGAAAACACCCCACUCGCCAUCGAAAUAAUGAAAUCGAUUCAGAUGAAUCGGAUACAAAUUGAGCCGAUUAAUGAGGCGAAACCCAGUAUACGGUGAGCAAUAGAUUGCUCAUGUUAGGUAUAAGAAAUUUCAUUCAAAAUUUUUUUUUGCAGAAAUUGUUCCUUGACAAAUGUUCAACGGUUUUGUCCGUAUCGAAUAAGAACUUCUGAAGAGCAAAAUGAUUGGAACUAUAUUUCAUUGAUCGCCAGAAAUCGCGUGAGUUGUUUGUGUUAUGACGUGGCACAGUAUCUAGGAUACUGUGCAAACAUUUUUUGAAAAUAAGGAAUUUUGAAAAUUGAAAAUCCAUCCACUUUUUAUUCAAAUUUCACGCCAAAAAUUCACGUGGUUUUUCCGAAAUUUCAAAAAUUUGAAAAUGAAAAAAUCCACGUGGAAAAUGAAAAAAAUCCACAUUUGUUUCAAAAAAAAUUUAAAAAUUUUUUCCCGCCAAAAAGUUUUCAAAACAAAAAAUUUGAAAAUUAAAAACAAUCCACGUGGCACAUUUUUUUUUCAAUAAAAUUCAUAGCGGACGCAAAAUUCCAAAUUUCGCGCUAAAAUUUUGCCACGUGGAAUUCAGACUGCAAAAAAAUAUGUUCAAAAUUAAAAAAAAAUUGUUUAAAAAUUCAAAUUCCACGUGGCAAUUCGAAAUUUCAAAAAUUUCGAAAAAAAAUCCGAAAAAUCCACGUGGCACAUUUUUUUCCCGAAAAUAUUCAAAAUUAGGAUAAAAAAAAUACUUUUUUUUCCAAAAAAAAAAUUCAAAUUCCACGUGGCAAAAUUCGAAAUUCCAAAUUCUUGCAGAUCGCCGCGGUCUGCGACUUCUACACCUGCAUCCGCUACCUCUCGCAAGGCCUAAUAAAACCCGGCCUUCGCGACGCCUAUUUCCACGUCGUCAAUCUACGCAAAAACAUGUCGUUGGCAAAACUCGGUCUUGGAUUUGUGCCAAGAUCCAACAUUCGACACAAUCAAUAA